AUGGAAUUAGAAGAAGAAACUAUCUUUACUGUUAUGGAUCUUUGUAAAUUUGGAGUUAAACAAGAAAUACAAGCACAGUAUGGAUAUGGUGAACGUGUCAGGAAAGAAAGAUCUCAGAUUUCAUUCCACUGCAAAUAUCCAAAAUGUCCUGCACAUUUUAAUGUUGCAAUCUUGGAUCAAAAUAAAUACAAACUAAUCAAAAUAGUUGAAGAACAUGAUCAUUCCGCCCCAAAUGACAAAAGUCAAUAUUCGUCUGUCUUUUAUCGCAAAUAUUUAGAACAUUACUUCCAAACAGAUGACAAUCAAAGAGCGAUAGCACAGCUAAAUGCAUUCAAAGAUCUUGAAAUUUCUCUUACAGGUCCGUCCAUUCCAGAGAUGUACGCUCAAAAACCACGUGCAAUCAAACAAUUUGCAGAGAGAAUACAUGCUCUUCAAACUAGAUAUUCUCCUGACGAUGUUGU